AUGACACCAAGAUUAGCAGCAUGUGAAGCAUGCAGAAAGUCAAAGCUCGCAUGCGAUCACAAACGGCCGGCAUGUACUCGCUGCCGGAAUGCCAAUCGGGUCGGCAUGUGCGUUUAUCGCGCUGCGCCGUUCAAGCGGAAAAGAACGCAGGUGCCCUCUCCAUCGGCUGUGGAACUUUCCGAAAGUCCGCGUUCUCCAGGCCCACUGCCUGUAACGCCGACUCUGAGGCGCCGCCCAUACCCAAACCCUGGGUAUCUGGGGUUUUCCAGCCAUGUGUCUAUAUUCAAUCAUAUCGCGCCAGACGGAGAUAGCAGUACUGAUAUCUCAACGGCUACUAUGCCAGGCUACCCGUCCGAGAGCUACGAACUCACACAACGGGCAGCCGACGCUCUAAGCCAAUUUUUCGGCACAUUUCCCCUAGAGGCCACCAUAAGCUUCGUCAAUUUCUGGCUAGCCACAGGCAUAAACCUGGCCUUAGCUGGGCCUUUCGUGAAGCAUUGUGCACAGACCAUGAACCAUCUACUACCCCUGCUAUCACAUAAAGAUUGGCACUUGGUAUACGCACGACAGUUGCUGCAGAACUCAGCGAAGCCACUGCAGUUCAACCACGAAUCCAAUUUUGCGAGUUUCUCGGCCCAGUUCUUCGAUGAAAACGCAAGAUGGGAAACGAUUGGCAUAUUCUUUGUUGUUGUCAGCCGAGCAACACUAGAUGUGCCGUAUUUUCCCUCCUUAUAUCUAUCAGAAAAAGAACAAUAUGCACUGCGGAGAUCUGCCACCAAGUUGAGUGACUGUGCCUUGGAAAUCUCUCUUUCCCUUGAUUGUCUCAACGAUUUACAACUCAUAUUCCAGUACGAGAAUUUCAUUGUCCAUUCACACGUAGAUGGGGACCAAAGUUACCAUUCCUGGAGGAGACUUGGGGAUGCAAUAGCCUCUACCUUUGCACUAGGUUAUCAUGAAAACAUCGAAAAUAAACCCGAUCUUCCACCAUUCUUAAUUGAACUCCGCAAACUUGCCUCUGCUCGGCUUUACUCGGCAGACAAGAACAUAGCCAUUUUCCUCGGGCGCCCACCCCGAAUGAGCAAGCGAUUCUGCCAUUUCCAGCUCUCAUCAAGCUGGGCUGGAUUUGACAGUGACGCCCCUGAGCACAUCACGGCAGCUCUGCAAGAUGCAAAAGCUAGCUAUAAAGCUGAGACACGUUGGUCUGCGUUGUGUGCGUCCCUGAAGGAAGAGAUUAUGGAAAUGUUUUGUGACAACAAGAAGGAUACCUUCACUGAGCGGGCUAGUGUGAUCCAAGAGAAAGCGGAGACUUAUUGGGAGGCACUCCCUCCUCAGUUUCGACUAGAGGGAAGCUUGAAGCAGUGCACCCAGAAUCCGUUCGAGAGAGACUUCGUAGCUGCUGUCCGACUAAACCACUUGCAUGUGUUAUUCCUCUUGCGCCUCCUCCUCCUGAACACACCGGCUGAGCCAGAUAUGCCCAUAACAGAGGUGGCGCAACAAAUGAUGUCCCUCGUUGUGGAAAGUAUCCUUGUGCGAGAUCAGCUUGUUAACUCUGGGACUGCACUGGUUUGGAGGGUUGCGCAUUACGGCCUCCCAGCCGCUGGAAUCAUUCUUCUAGCCAUGCUUCGACAGCAGGAUAUUCCCAGUUUGGCGCAAAUUUCUUGGACCCGGGCGGUACAGGACUUGACCGUCUUCGUGGCGGAAGUCGAAGCAGGAUCAUUUAUCAAGCAAGGGGAUCCAAAUUAUGCAUUAUUAUCCAAAGCAUCACAGACAAUUCGGAGGUUCAUUGACACCGUACAACCUCCAGUGGCCCAUCGCCGCGUGGAUGAAAGUUGGACUGGGUUUCUUAGCCAGGAUCCGUGGGACUUCGAGUACUCCUUUUGGGAAAACUUGGCGGAUCACCCAUCAUUGGACUCCUUGCCUACUCUUUGA